AUGGCACUCUCGGGGAAAAGAAGCCUUACGGAUGAGCUGUUCAAUGCGUCCAGAGAAGGUGACAUGAAAACAUUUGAUGAAUGUAUCGGCAAUGGAGUUGAUAUACUUUGUAAAAAUAAUGCGGGAUGGAACGUUCUUCAUUACAUUGGUUUGUAUAGCAAUUACAGUCUUUUAUGUCACGUGGUACAACACCACUCAAAAGUCAUACAACUAGUUAAUGACGUCGACAAAGAUGGAACAACGCCACUUCACAUGGCUUGCAUGCCAAAUCGGCCAGAUAUUCGUAUUAUUGAAAAAUUUGUACGGCUAGGAGGGGAUUUGCUUCAGCGAGAUAAUGAAGGGAAGGCAUGUCAAGACAAGACACACGACAGAAAUACACAGAACUUCUUGCAAUGGCGAAAACUGCAUCCAAGUGGAUUGCCCGACACCGUCUUAGCCAACCAGAAAACAGCCAACAAUGAUGUCAUAAUGAAAUAUCUACACACGUUUGGGAAACUAGAUGAUGCAUUUGCUAGGCGCUAUGAAAGUGCUUUGAAAAAAAGUGUUGAAGAGUCUGCAAAUAUCCGGGUCAUAUUUCUUGGUCCACAAGGAGUCGGAAAGACUACGUUGACUUACCAUCUCCUUGAAAAGGCAUUACCAGAAGACGGAGUCGACUCCACCAACACCAUGGACGUAAAUUUGAAUCGUCUGAUGAUCAACAAAAACACACAUGAACGGAUUCUUCUUCCUGAAAACGACAUUGAGAGAACUGCGAGUUUAAAUCGGCUUCGUGACAUGCUUGGGACACUGUCAUUUUCAGAUAAAAAUACCAAAUCAGGGACAUCGGAAAGUAGCAAGAAGACUCACAGUGGAGACAUGGCCUACGUCAACAUAUUUGAUUUUGGAGGUGAAGUUAUGUUCAGUAACUUUCAGCAUAUUUUCUUAAAUGCCGAUGCAGUUAUCAUACUUUUAUUCAGCUUGGAAAACUGUAUGAAACAUGACUCAACAGAUCUUGAUACUGUGUUUUACUGGCUGAAGUUCAUUUACACUUACUCCAUUGGAAAGUACAAACCUCCCAUUGUUCUUAUUGGUACUCACCUUGAUAAAAUACCUAUGGACAAAAGGACAACAACUCUAAAUGCUAUUAUGACCACUAUUAGGUCAAAAGAAAGGGAUGCAGAUAUUGCACAUAUCUUUGACCAACACGUGGUUGAUGUUAUCCAUAUCAGCAACCCCGAACCGAGAGAUGGAGUUUUUGAGAAGAUAUGGCAUAGUGUCAUGAGAUGUGCCCCAUAUCAGGCGCAAUGGGGACAACUCUUGCCUGGACAUUGGAUUGCAUUAGAACAUGACCUUAUGACAAUGAAGGGGCGAGGAGUAAAGGUCAUGACUUUAAAGGAGAUUAAAAAGCACGCUGAGGCCAUAGGGGUGACUGACGUUGAAGCAUUCUUGCGGUACCUUCACUCUGCAAGAAAUGUGUUGACAUUCCCAACAGAUGGACACCAAGAUAUGUCUACCGACUUGAAGUUCAUUUUGGAUCCAGAGUGGAUGAUAAAGGCUUUCCGCCUAAUCGUCACCGACCUCAAAUAUCACAUCAGAAAUGUAGGGAGUAAAGACCCACUUCUGAAGGAGUAUCAGCAGACGCGUCGGUUAAGGAGAGCCUUCAUCGACAAAGUAUGGGGUAAAGAGGAAAACGAAAGCUUUUCAGAAAACAGCGACACUUUACUUUACUACAUUGAAAGAUCAGAAUUGAUUGUAAAACCUCUUCCAAAGGAAGACGAAAUGGAUGCUGAAAUUGAUACCUACAUCGUCCCGUCAAUGCUUCUAGACCAGGAUGGCACUAAUGUUGUAAGGUCGUACUUGCAACAAGGAAAUAUAGUAACAUCGUCAACACUCGGAAUCAAAUUUGACAACAAUUUUAUACCAGAUGCUGUCUUUGACAAAUUUUUGGCGUCUUUGCUUUACCGGUUUCAGGUUGUCUCUCAUGAAACAAACCAGCUUUUGUGGCGUGGGCUUGCAUGUUUCAUUUUGACAGCCGAUGUGAACAUGGUAAUCCAUUGCAAGACUAACAUGAUCAAAGUCACUUUGUUAUCCCAGAAAGCGUUUAACACAACACAUGGUGUUCAGAUCAGGACUGUUUUGGAAAAACUGCUCGUGGAUACUCUUCAACGAAAUGAUCAAGGACAUUUGAAUUAUACAGAACACAUUGGAAAUGAUUUCGAGGUUUAUUCCCCAGAAGGUGACACCUUCAAUACAACAACAGCUGUGAAGAAAUUCUGGUUUGGUGAUCUUGAGGUUACACAAAGAGAACCGGCUGAAAAAUGUUCUAGCACUGCGUCUCAAAACAGGCUAACAUUGAAGGAGAUGAGUCGAAUCGCAAAGCAUAUCCACGCAAAUUCAUAUCAGAUGUUCUUUAUUCAACUCGAAAUGGAUGAUACAACCUUCAAUCAGAUUCGUCGUGACAACUCCGCGUUAGAUUUUCGGUCACAAGUUAUACGAAUGCUGAUUCGCUGGCACAGCGUUCUUGAUUCUGGAAAACAACCAUUAGAACUUAUUGUAGAUGCCAUGAAUGCCACAUCUAUACCGCCGCGUGACAUGCUAUCCGAAGUUAAUUCACCGCCAUCAUUCUAUGAAGAAUUAAAGAACGUUGCUGAGCUAACUAAGCGUACCCGUGUGCCAGAUCGUUGCCUUGUGGAAGCAGAAGUCCGGGAUCUGGCUCGACGUAUAGGGAAGAUGUAUGUCGUUUUCUUCAUUGAACUUGAUAUAACGAAUGAACGUAUCGAGGAAGCAGAGGUGGAUCACAGAGGAGACGUGUUAAAGAUGAAGGAGAAACUACUGUUAGAAUGGAUGGAACGGGAAUCUGGAGAUUCAAACGUUGUAAGGAUAGUGAUGGCGUUCAAGGAAUGCCAACUCGACUGGAACGCAGUAGUUGAUGUACUGAAGAAAACAUCCUAAGCAGACAGUGUCCACAGUUACUUCACGAUAACCUGUCGAUGACUAGUCCUGAUAUGAUGCCAAACGUGUUUAACAUGAAGUGUAUUAUCAUAAAUCUUUCUUGGAAACUUGGAGAAGUAUAGACUAUAUAACCACGAAAAAUGACUGUCUGUGUUAUCAUGGAUCAGAGAUGCUAAGAAUAGGUUUAUUAUCUUUGUGAUGUGAAUCUUUCAUCAGCGAAACAAAUAUGCGAACCUCUUCUCCUAGGAGCUAGAUAAAAGGCAACAAUAUUUAGUCAGUAUGUAACAGGACUGUAUUUAAGUGUGUUUUUUUAUAGAUGUUGUUGUGUUUCGUUUGUUUGUCUUUGUUAAUCAAUUAAUACAAUUAAAUGCAAAUAUUAGAUGUGAAGUAAAUGUUUGUGUCAGGACGCUGUGCCUUUGUAUGUAAAUGAUCUGAACAGGUACGGGUGAGUAGAAUUUAAGGAGUGUGAGCUUGUAAGUCACCUGACCUGGACAGACGAAUUUCAUUGGAUGCUUACAUAUCAACUCCUUCAUGACCAGUAGCUCACUUUCACACACUUCUUUCCUUUUUUCUUUGGAACAAGACAUCUUUUGGGAUGAUAAGUAGUUGUUGUGUAAGAUCAUUAGAUAGAAGUCAUUGCCGGAAGCAUAUUGUAACUGCACGGUGUUGUAACUACACGGGGUCUGUCAUUGUUCUUUUAACAAGAACAAACAUUGAAUGAACCAGCGUGCGAUGUUUUUAUAAACAUAAAACAUCUUUUUGGAGACUUACGUUGAAAGUUUCAUGAAAGUUGCAAGUUAAAUAUUUCUAUGAAUAUAUCCUCAUUUAUUUUUUUGAAAUUCUACACCAUUUAUAUUUCAUUUUUAUUUACAUUUCAUAAUAGGAUGUUUAUUGAUUUAAUGUUCAAGCAGCAGCAAAGUGUUUACCAGGUUUGUGUCCUGUGUUCAGCCUUCUUACAAUCCCGUCCUCACCGAAGACGGCUCUCACACUUCAUGCACAGCAUCUCGUGUAUUAGUCCAUUAUUUUUUUCUUUAUAUUAAGUCAUUCAUUCCUUUAUACAUGCAAUCCAUUGUCCUUAGAUGUUUUGAUAAAAUUCAUAAUUCAUAAGUAUAUCAUUAUAAGUUUCAUUUAAGUUAAAAGUCUUCUAUUUAGCUACGAAAUCAAUAUUUUUAUUUUUAUUUGC